GGCAACUUGCAGCGAGGAGAUCGCCGAGUGGAAGUUUUGCGCGAUCUGGUCUGCAUACACUGUGUGCGUUGCUGAGGUGGAGCUGUUGUACGAACUCGUGGUGCUUUCUGCUUAUUUUAGUGCACACCGUUAGUAUUCACAAAGUUUGAUCACCAACACAGCUGUGCAAAUUAAUCGUCUAGUGAAGCUGUACUGAAAAAAUGCGCUCGCUGCGCAACUAAGGGAGUGUUAGCAGCCGGUCGGCAUCGUGCGGCCUUUGUCCAUGCGGUCGAGCGCUUCAGGGCUCGUCUGACUGACAACCACGAGCACGGAAUUAUAUUGUCCGGCGGACACUGGGAUUUACUCGUUCUUACGCUGUAAUACACGGGAUUUGAAGCGACAACGCAGCCCGGGCCUGGUCGCCUCCCGGCAUCGGCUAUGCUAGUCGUCGGAGAAGCCGGACAGACGCUUUGGGCGAUGGAUAAUUUUGACCUCUCUCUGAGCAUGCAAGAGUCAGGACAAGACAGUUCGAGCAACGCAGCAUAUUUAGAUCAAACAUUUCACACACCAAGUUUCGGAGACGAGGAGUUCGAGAUCCCUCCCAUCAACCUGCAAGGUGUGGGGGGCCAUGCGCCAGCGGACGAUGGCAACCCAAGCACAGAUCCAGGAGUAUACGGUGCGCAGCAGCAGCAGCAGCAACAACAACAAGCGGCGCAACGUAUGGGAUCUCCACCAAUGGGCAAUCUCAUGCAGCCAAUGACGUACCCCAGCGGACAGGGAGCUCCGUACCACAUGGAACCUAUGCGCAUGCCCCCACAGUCUGUGCACAUGAGUGUACCGUCUUACGAACCUCAAGGAACGUACGUGGCUUCCGCUCGACAGUACCCGUCGCCGCCAAAUUCUCUAAACCCUAUGAUGGGACCUCCUGUGGUACGUGGCGGGCCCGGAAGGACAGGUUCCGUGGGCAGCGGAUCACCACCAGGAUCAAAUCAGACAUCGCCGGGACAAGAGACGACGAGCGAAGACAGCGACGACAGCACGCCCCUUUCACAGCUUGUUGGCGGUGUGAAACGGCCUUCACCGGAACCCUUGUUGGUGGACAACGGCAAGAUGAGCAAGAAGGCCAAGAUGCCCAAGAAGAAAAAGAAACGGGACCCGAACGAACCGCAGAAGCCGGUGUCAGCAUAUGCCUUGUUCUUCAGAGAUACCCAAGCAGCCAUCAAAGGUCAGAAUCCAAACGCAAGCUUUGGCGAAGUGUCCAAGAUAGUGGCAUCCAUGUGGGACAGUCUCGAGGCUGAUCAUAAAAAUGUGUAUAAGAAGAAAACCGAAGCAGCGAAGAAGGAGUAUUUGAAAGCUUUGGCUGCCUAUCGAGCAAGUCUGGUGUCCAAGGCAGCUGCUGACCACUCGGACACAAUGUAUGGUGGGCCCGUGAGCUCAACGUCUCCACCGCAGGGCAACCUGUCACCCCUACAGAAGAAAAGUCCCUUGCUGACAUCCCUCAUGGAGGGUGGUUCCCCGCAUCAGCAGUACAUGGCCAUGAGCCCACCCCAAGGAGCAUACAACCCUCAGCAGCAGGUAUGGAGCAACAUGCAACCAAUGAACCAAAGCCCCCCAAUGAUGCAGCAGGGACAAGCCAUGAUGCCGAUGCAGCACUCUCCGCCCCAACAGCAAGCCAUGAUACCUCAGCAGCACUCCCCACCUCAACCUCAAAUGAUGAUGUCGUCACCUCCGGCCACAAGCUCCUACGCUGCUGAUAUGAUGCCUGGGGAAUGGGCUGGAGCACGGUGGAACUUUGGUGCGCAGCAGCCAUCGACAGUGCCGACGUCCGUGACCAGCAGUGGGAGUAUGAUGGGCGCCGACCAGGGACCCAUGAUGAACGCGGCUGGCGGGCUGUGCAACCAGCGCUGCAUUCGCAACGGCUGCCCCAACCCGGCCAUCGACUCUCACGACUGGGACCGCGAGUACUGCAGCAGUGAAUGCGUCGUGUCGCAUUGCAGGGACGUCUUCACUGCAUGGGUCGCACAGAGGCAAGCUACUAAUACGUUUGUGAAGUAAGUUAGCUCCAACAUCACUCGACAACUCUGUUUCUGACCCUGCAUCUCCUUUCAUGUUUCUCAUAACUGUUGACUGAUAACCAUCAGCGAAUGUUAAACAUUCCUUUUCUGGUUAUUGCUGUAAUUAGAAGCUGUGUCUAGUUGCCAAGACAGUUAGACUUGCGCUAGAGGAGAUGUCUGGUACAUGUAUAAACAUUCAGAUAUGUAUAAAUUGAGUUUUGGUUUGUGCAUCCAUGGACAUUGUAGCAGGGUGGUGCGUCGAGCUCUUACCUGUAUGUCGAGAUGUGUUUUCCAUGCAAGUACAUGUAAACAUUUGAUGUGUGUAACACAAUGUUUGAAUGAAAGCAGUAACAAGCUGAGCAAAUGAUCGUGUGCUGUAACCAUUGUGCGGUGGUUCAUGACGUGGAUCACGUUGAAACCACAUGCAUUUGACGACCAGCAGUGAAGUGACAUCCAACCUAGACUGCCCGUGUUGUGCACGGCUGGACAGGUGGCAACAUACCUUUUCGGACAGUUACUACAGUGGACUCUCAUUUAUGAGCUGGUGUGGACAUGAAGGGCCUUGGCAUGUGUGCAUUCUUCUGAGAGUAGCUAAGGCCUGCAUAUUUCAGGAUAAAUGAAUCUAUAAAUAUGAUUAUAUUUGUAUAGGGGGAAAUAUGGUGUUGUAAUAUUUUGAAUAGCAGAAAUGUGACUCAUGUGUGGACAAUGUCUUUGUAGAAAUCAGUCACUAAUCCAAUGUUGAAUAACUGUUUUUCCUGAUGUUAAAUUUUAUUACAUUCUUUUAAAUAUAUACAUACAUACAUUCAUAUAUAUGCAUAUAUAUGUACAGGGAGAGAGAGAGAUACGAGAUAUCCCACUUGAAGCUGACCGCAUGGGUAAAUAUAGCAAAUAUAGCACGUUAGUGCAUUUGAACUUUGACAAAAGCAUCCUUAUGGAACGCUAAAGUUAAGAAACAGACUCUGUCACACUCUGAAUUAGAAAAUUAGCAUUUUGUUUGCAGGUAAUGGCACAAAAUUGAAAGUCCCAAUUCAUGCAACUGAGCAGAAUACUGCGAGAGGACUUCCUUAGAAUUGGAAUUCUUCUGACGUGCUGAACAGUGGAGGUAAACUCAUGAGAUGUUUAUCAACAUUUCUCAUUUUUGGAAAAUUCACCAUUUGUAGCGUAGAAAUUCAGUACAAGUCCUGCAAAUCUGACUAGGCAAAAAGAAACAUUAAAUUUGACAAAUUAAGCAAUUGUAUGAGUUCAAGACAUCAUAGGAAUUUCGUGGCAUGGCUUUGCUGACACAAAAGUGAGGAUUGCCAAUAUCGUGUGUAUUAUGAAGAAAUAACAAAAUGAUUCAGUUAAUAAAUCAUGGGGCAGAUUGCAGUACGAAAGUGCAGCGCUAUACUCUCAUUGCUUUUGUUACCUCCCUCUACAUCUCUACUUUCAUGCCAACACCCAACUUGCUAUUUGAAUAGCCUGGGUUUUUUUGCCCUUUGUUCUCCUGAUGAACGCAGCCACAACUGAAAUGACUUUCUAUUCUGUAAUGCUAGGUACAAUGAUGUGGCAUCACAUUGGAUGCUCAUUUUACACAGCAACCAACAGUGAUGACUACAGGUAACAUGUGCAUACUCAUCUGAGUAGCUUAAAAAGGCGUUGGGUCCAAAAUGAAAAUUUGAAGUCCUAGGGAGCUCUAUGUGUGACAAUGUAACAAAAGCUGUGUGCUGCAAAUAUCAGAGUUUUCUUAAUUUAAAGGAGCGAGAUAAGAAUUUUCUGGGGCAUGCCACAUUUCAAGCAAAAUAUCUGACAAGUGCUUACCAGCAAAGCUUCUGACAAAUUCCAGAACUAUGGAACCCUAACCAUGCUCAUUGUCAAAAUGGAUAUAUUGACCUGAAUGUAGAAUGCUGUAGUGGUGAAGCCAAAAAUGAGAUAUAGACCUUUGAUGUAUUCUUACCCGAAGCUAUAAUACUAAUUGCAACAAUGGAGCUGCAUUUCUCUGCAUUGCGGUGCUCUAGAGCAUUUAUAAAGCUGAGCUGUAUGGCUUUUAAAAGCCUUCCAUUUAAGGUGGGUGGAUGGACAUUGUCUUGCGAGUGCUAGGCCUUUCCCAUUUUUCCCUGUUAGUUUCCUUCUUCCAUUUAAGUAAAAUCUUAAUCGUUUAAGUUAAGUAUCAAAGUGGACAAGCUAUUUCUUCCCAACAAGUGGAUGUAAAAUUUGCACACAGUAAUACUUAUCAGAUAUUUAUCUGUGUGGUUCGCAUCUUGUGAUGUUCGGUAUGUACAUACAUAUGUGUGUACCAGUGUUGCGGAUUUAACGAGUCAAAUCGGAUUUAAAUCAAAUCCAUGUUUUUCGGAACACCGCAAAUCAAAUCCAAAUCAAGUGCAGAGAACACUCGUUCAACUGCUCCAGAACUUCCAGGUACUGCAAAUACAUGUUUCGCUACUUCCGAAAGCAGCCGGUAGCGGGCCGGAAAGCAGCGGGUAGCAGAGAGGGGAAACAUCAUCAUCUACUGUACACUCGCUUAAAUAGAGGACUAUUUCGUCGUUCGUUCUUGCGGUACGAGUUCUGCGGUGGCACCAAGUUUACCAUAAGCAAGCCACUAUGAAAAAGGGCAACCAACAUUCACAUUCCUGUUCCUGGACACAAUGACCUCAUACGACUGGUUCUCGUGUGGACAUUUCGGGACUUAUUCAUUUUAGCAAUCUCUGGGACACCAGAACGCGACAUCAGUCGCAGUUCAGAACCAACAAAACAGACAAAAUACGUGUAUGGUAGUCCUUUUCUCGAACGUACAUUGCCUGAGCUCAGUGGACCAGUGGUGUGCUUUCUCCAAUGCGUUCCAUUUCUAAGAAAUUAUAGAAAGCUGUGAUAUCGUUGUGAAUUAGACACCGCACUGCCCAUGUGAUUGUGUGUGAGUAUUGCACGACAUACCCUUAGUGCUCGGAAGGGAAGAUGGCUGUAGGCCUCAGAGUUGGUCAGUCUGACAGACAAACCACCUCUUAAACAUGAAGCAAUCUGCAAACAGUGUCCGUAGACUGUUUCACGCAAUCAAAAAAUCAUGGGAUUUCUUUUUAAACGAAACGGAACUUUUGGCGGGACAUUGGGAACAGAGAUGGCGGGAUGCGAGGCAAGCCAUCUCAAAUCCAAACACUUUUUAGACCUUCUCCUCAUUAAGAGUUGCAUUGCAUCAUGUGUAAACAUAUGUGAAAUGCAAUUCAGCCAAAUGUCUUGUAAAAUCGUAAUUACAGAGACGGCUUUAGAUACGACGAAGAAUCUGCCUGCCUGUCAACGUCAAAUUUCGCAGCAGACAAAAUCCAACCAUUUCCCUUAAGGAGCUUGACCAAAUACACAUCCAAUUCUGUCGGAAAAAACAUGAUUCAAUCCAAAUCCAAAUCGUCGCCAUAUUUUCCCCGUAAAUCAAAUCCCAAAUUAAAUCCACGAGCCCUUUGAUGGAUUUAAAUCCGGAUUUAAAUCUGCAACACUGGUGUGUACAUAUAUAUAUAUAUGUGUGUGUAUACAUUUGAAAUGGGGUCAUACAGAAGAGCAUGACCCAUUUGUAGCAGUUAGACAUUUUUCUAGUUAUUUGGUGCAACUUUGUUAAUCAACGAAGGAAUGGUGUCACGCCGUGAAGUUUACUUCCGAUGUCUAUGAUGCAAACUACCACAAAAUGUCGGCAGUCUUCGAUAAGUGGCUGCCUUCUCAAUAAAAAUAGUUGUGCUUCGUGUCACUCUGGACACGGAAGCUACCCAUCCUGUGUAUAAACUUUCCUGUACAAUCUUGUGAGAUAAUGGGUUCAGACUGAACUGGGCUUGUGUGAGAAGGUUUAUUGUUUUGUUUUCUGCUUUGAUCUUUCAGUUUGAAUGGGAACUGUCUAAGUGUAAAUUUUGCAUUCUAUACAUGGCAUUUGUUUGAAUGCUGAGUUGUGUUAAAACAAGUACUUGAUUAGACUUCUUGUGGUGGUGAUGUAUAUUGUAAUAUAUGCCCUAAAGGGCCAUGGCUCCACAUUGCAACUAAUAACCCUAAUGAAUCUGUUGACGAAAUUGAGACCUGGCUUAGAACAGGUCACCAGAAGCAUUUCACACUGUCCCCCUUUCUUGUCUCUUCCUAAUUGAGUUCAUAUUUUGCUCCCCCUCCCCCUGAGUUACAAAUCAUUUGGUGCUUGUAUACAAAUGUUGAGUUAUAAAUUAAUUGCAAAAUGAAGAGCACUGAUCUGCAAAAGUUGAGUGCAAGAAAUUAGAGAAAUAAGUGCACCUUUAAGAGCACCUUUCUUAGAACUGGUAUCAACGCAUGUGCAAUUUCAAGGUGCAUUAGCCAUAUCACUACUGAGUAUGAAGAAUGUGAAUGUGAUUGUACCUCUUGGAAUGCAGUAUCAGUAGGAGGUUUUACCAUGGCAUUGUCUUUUUUUUUUUUUUUUCCUCGAGAGGACAGUACAUUGCAUGUACAUUUAAGAUGGUACCAAUACGAUUUGUGCAAGCAGUGCAAGAUAGCUGCAGUCAGUUGAUGCGUAUCAUGUACCAGAUUAUUUAAGGCUGAAUAAACACACUCUGGAGCUUGUA